AUGUCGCCCUCGGGUCCUUUAUAUCUUGGCUUCGACUUAUCCACCCAACAACUAAAGGGGUUGGUUGUCGACUCGAGCCUGAAAAAAGUUCACGAAGCCAAGUUUGACUUCGAUGCAGAUGCCAAAGGAUUCAAGAUAGAAAAAGGAGUUCUCGUCAAUGAAGACGAACGUGAAGUCUUUGCCCCCGUGGCGAUGUGGUUACAGGCCAUGGAUACUCUCCUCACCAGACUGAAGGACGACGGCCUUGAUUUUAAACGAAUCAAAGGUAUCAGCGGCUCCGGAAUGCAGCAUGGAAGCGUAUUUUGGAACGCCGAUGCUGAGCAAAUUCUGGCUCAGCUCGAUCCAAACCAGACACUUGAAUCACAGUUGGGCGGCGCUUUUGCCCACCCUUUCAGUCCCAAUUGGCAAGAUGCAAGUACCCAAAAGGAAUGCGAUGAGUUUGAUGCCAUUCUCGGCAAUGAACGUCAACUAGCGAAUGUCACGGGCAGUAAAGCCCACCAUCGGUUCACCGGCCCACAAAUUCUCCGGUUUCAACGCAAAUACCCCGACAAAUACAUCAAAACAUACCGGAUAACUCUUGUAUCUUCUUGGAUCGCGACGAUAUUCCUGGGUAAAUUUGCGCCAUUCGAUAUAUCAGACGUGUGCGGGAUGAAUCUCUGGGACAUCAAAGCUAGGCAAUGGAAUGAGAAACUUCUCGAGCUGGCUGCAGGCCCUUCGGGCGCCGAUGCACUGAAGCAAAAAUUAGGCGAUGUGCCAGAAGAUGGCGGCGCGCAUCUGGGAACGAUUUCCGCGUAUUUUGUUCGGCGGCACGGAUUCAGUAAAGACUGCACGAUCAUCGCCUCGACAGGAGACAAUCCGUCCACGAUCCUCGCCCUGCCGCUACGCUCGAACGACGCAAUGGUCUCCCUCGGUACGUCUACAACGUUCUUAAUGUCCACGUCGGAGUACAAGCCGGACCCCUCCACACAUUUCUUCAACUCCCCGACCACGUCUGGUCUCUAUAUGUUCAUGUUAUGCUACAAGAAUGGUGGAUUAGCGAGGGAGGAAGUCCGUAAUAAAAUCAACUCCAAGCUCAAUAUUCCCGAUGCAAAUUCUUGGGCGGAGUUCGAUAAAUUCCUCCUCUCCUCGCCCCCCUUGGCACAGUCAGGUCCAAGCCAGCCAAUGCAGCUGGGCUUGUAUUUUCCUCGGCCAGAAAUUAUACCCAAUCUCCCCGUUGGCGAAUGGCACUUUUCCUACGACCCUCACACGGAGACACUGACGCCCGUCGAUUCGGUUCCCCAAAGCCCCGAACAGGACGCACGAGUCAUUGUUGAAUCACAAUUUCUCUCUCUACGCUUACGGUCUAGGGAACUUGUUUCCUCCCCGGCCAACGGCUUACCACCUCAACCACGUCGGAUUUACCUCGUCGGCGGCGGCAGUCGAAACAAAUCAAUCGCCAAAGUUGCAGGUGAGGUUCUCGGUGGUUCCGAGGGAGUGUUCAAACUGGAUGUUGGCGAGAAUGCCUGUGCACUCGGCGCCGCGUAUAAGGCGGUCUGGGCGAUCGAACGAGGUGUCAAUGAGACGUUUGAAGAGCUCAUUGGCAAGAGGUGGCGCGAGGACGAAUUCGUAGAAAAAAUUGCCGACGGAUACAAUCCGGCUGUUUGGGAGCGGUAUGGAUUAGCCUUGAAAGGAUUUGAGAUGAUGGAGGAAAGCCUGUUGGAGGAGGAAGCGAGGAAGAAAUGA